CCCUCUCAUCUCAUCACUCCAUGGCCGACAAGCAAGAACACCAGCAGCAGCCCCACGGCCACGGCCACCAUUUCCUGGUGGUGGCCUACGGCAUGCAGAGCCACGUGAACCCAGGGCGCGCCCUAGCCCACCGUCUCGCUCGGCUCAGCUGCAUCGACGGCCGCCCCAUCCUCGCCACGCUCUCCGUGCCGGUCGCCGCCCAACGCCGCCUGUUCCCGUCGCCCACGACGAUGGUGGACAAGGAGGCCUGCAGCGACGGCGUCAUCUCCUACGUCCCCCACUCGGACGGCUUCGACGACGGCGCCAGCGCGCCCAAGACCGCCGAGGACUGGGCCCGCCGGCGCCGCGCGACCGCCGCCAGCCUCUCCGCCGUCGUCGCGCGCUUCGCCGCCGCCGGGACGCCGGUCACGUGCAUCGUGGUCACGAUGGUGGGGCCCGCGAUGGUGGACGUGGCGAGGGACCACGGCAUCCCCUUCGCCGUCUACUGGAUCCAGCCGGCCGCCGUCCUCGCCGCCGAGUACCACUACUUCCACAGCUACGACGACGACCACGCCCGCGCGCGCGAGGUGAGCCUGCCCGGGCUGCGCCGUCCUCUCCCGGUCCGGGACUUCCCGUCCUUCCUGGUCGACACGACGGGCAGCGUGCUGGCCAAGGUCAUCACCGAAAUGUUCCGGGAACUGUUCGAGAGCAUGGACCGGUGGCGGCCCAAGGUGCUCGUGAACACGCUGGAGGAGCUGGAGGCGGGCGUGCUCGCGGGGAUGAGGCGCCACCUGGACCUGGUCGCCGUCGGCCCCAUGCUCGGGGCCUCGGCGGACGACGCGCGGAUCCAUCUGUUCGAGCACGACGACGACGUCGACAAGAAGAGGUACAUGGACUGGCUCCGGGCCCGCCCGGACAGCUCGGUGGUGUACGCGUCGUUCGGGAGCGUGACGAAGGUCACCAGGCACCAGAUGGGCGAGGUCGCCGCGGGGCUGCGGCAGUGUGGGCGGCCGUACUUGCUGGUCGUACGCAGGGACGGGCUCCAGGACGACGACGACGAGAGCAGCAGCAGCCUCCAUGUCCCGCUGGGCUCGGAGAGCUGCCAGCAGGGGAUGGUCGUGGGCUGGUGCGACCAGCUGGAGGUCCUGUCGCACCCAGCGGUCGGCUGCUUCGUCUCGCACUGCGGCUGGAACUCCACCAUAGAGGCCAUGGCGUCCGGCGGCGUGCCCAUAGUCGGCGUGCCGGACUCGUUUGACCAGCCGACGAACGCGUACUUGGUGGAGGAAGAGUGGGGGGUUGGCAUCAGAACGGGGCGAAACAGCGACGGCGUGUUGUCAGGGACAGAGUUGGCAAGAUGCAUUGAGCUCGUCAUGGGCGACGGUGCAAGAGCAGUGGCGAUAAGGGAGAGGAUGAAGGGCUUGAAAACGAUGGCGCAAGCAGCAGCCGACACAGGCGGGUCUGUGGAGACAAACCUUCGCCACUUUGUCAAAACAUUCCAAGCUCUUGAGCCGUGACACAUUUUGCAGAAGACGGAGUGUGUCAAAAUCAGUAUAAUGAAAUCCUCUUAAAAAGGUGUUUGGACUUCGAAAAAAAAUCAGCUAAACUUCUUUUGGAUUAAAAUCUGUUUGGCUUAGCAUUCGACUCCAGUUCCAUAAAUGACAGAUUUUAGGGAAAAUAUCCUUCUCUUAAAGAACCCACAUGUAGAUGAACCAACUCCAUUAUUUCUCUCUCCCAUCUCACUCACCCAGUCAUCUCUCUCCAUGGAACGACAUGAGGCAUGAGGUGACACUGUGACAGUCGACUGUCAAUUUCCUCCACCUUAGCUUAAAUCAUGGAGUCAUUGGCAUGCUACCUUCACUUUUCAUCCCCAAGUCCAUCUUGUAUUGUAUCAUAUCAAUAAGAAAACACCCUUGUUCAACUUU